ACAUCGUCGCCGAAGGCUUCAUUCGUAUCGCCGAUCCUCUUCCUGUCUCCCUUCAUCCUCCCUGUUAUAUUCAUUACCUCGACUUUAGGCCAUCGUCAAGAUGACGUCCUCGUCGCGCAAUGGCGAGCACCGCUCCAUACAUCAAGAUUUCAUCGCCCGGGUUCGAUUUUCCAACGCGCUACCACCGCCUCCCCAUCCACCUAAGCUCCUCGAGAUCCCGAACACUGGACUCGCCAGCGGUCAAUACACAGCCCCGGGAUUCGCCUCGAGAUUAGCGAGAGAGCAGCCUCUAAAUAUCGAGGCAGAUGCAGAAUUGGGUAUGCCAUUGGACUUGGUGGGAAUGCCGGGGAUCUUUGACGGUGAUGAGAGCUCUAUUCAAGCUCCUGCGCAAGCGCCGCCCGUUCACCCUCGAGACCGAGCCCUUCUCAGACCCGCCGGUAGUCUAGGCCGUCCCAAGAUUGCCGAAGCUAGCGUUUCCUUCUUACGACGAACCGAGUACAUCUCUUCUGUAACACAAGCUAAAAGCCGCAACGAUGGCGGGGCUCUACGUAGCAACCACGGUCCUCCGAAACGACCCCUCAAGCGACCUUCUCCAGAACCGGAUGUCGACUCACCUGCUCACAUCAAGAAGAAGAUCGACCAAGGUUUCACCGUGGCGGCUGCGAACCUCAAGGAUAAGACCCGAGUAAAGCACCCGUCAAAGCGCAACGUCAAGCUCGUCGACGCCUACCCAUUAGUCCCAGACCUUGAUGCGUUCCCCGACUCCGGUGCCUACGUGACCUUCAAGUUCACGCACAACCCGCUCCCGCCGACGCGUACAUACGACCGCCGCCUCCUCAACGGCAUCCUUAAGCCUAUUAGCAAGACUGCUGCCGAGGAGGCCGCGUAUACUUUGGCGCUACAAGCACACGAACGGGACCCGGAGCACGUACCCAAGCCCCAGAACCUGAUGGACUACGAUUACUUCCUGAACGACAGUCUUGACGCCUCGGAGCGGUUCCGCCAGCGUUUCGAUUUCGAAAAUCCGGAUCAUGAUGAUGGUGCUUUGUACACGCACCGUAGUAGUGACGGGAAGCCGAGCUUCAUGUUCCCGCGCGUUCGCACGUACGAGACUGCGCAGGAGUUGGAGUUGAAUAAUCAGACGAAGUACGAUGAGGAGGUGGUCCUGGCGUUUAAUGAGGAUGAGAUGAUUGACCAGAAGGCUGCGUUUUACUACCCGGUCAUGCAGCGUAGCGUCAUCAAGCCCCAGCGAGCCAAGAAGAUUGCGGCGACGAUAGGGAUCGUACCCGCCGGCAUGAAUCUUGAGGAAACUAAUGUGGAUCAGCUCGAUGUGGAGGUUGACGAUCCGGAUGAUGACGCGCGCGCUUGGAUGAAUCUGUACAGGGAGCAUCCGUAUGGAAAGGAAGAGGAAGAGCAGGAUGAGGGUCGGAAUGGUGGUGGUGAGAGUGGAGCUGCGAAUGGUCGGGCGAGUCAACAGGUUGAGGAUGAUGAGGAUCAGGAUGCUGAGGGCGAUGAGGAAGAUUGAUCAACUUGCAUGGAAGUGGCCGUGCGUUAAAUUGCCUUUAUAUCGGGGUAUGGUUGACGAUACGUCUGGAGAUCUACUGCCUACAACUACUCAGAACGCCUAGGAACAGGGCCCACGUUAUUCGUGGUGGAAUUACGCUAGAUAUUACCUACUUAGGUACGCAAAAAAGGGGUGUUCCGGAUAUUCAUUGAAAAAGGCUCUUGUUUACAUCCCCAAUUGGAGUCUACUAAAAUAUGCGGAUAGCAAGGU